GUCGACGGGCCCUCUUGCUCUCCUUCCCACCAUAGUCACCCCCGCUCGCCGCGUUCUUGAGCGUCUACAUGAGAGCAAAUCGCGAGGAACAUUCGCUUUCAGAAGGAAUUAAUUCAUCUUAGUGCUGUGCGAGGCUGGAGGUCUAGUGGGGGUCGCUAAAACAAAGCUAUGCAGCCUCUCUCUCCUUUUAGACCCCGUGCCGGCUGGUUUCUUAUAUUUGAUCCCCCCGUCUUCAACUCACUGGCAGUUCCACUCUCGCCGUCUUUGCGCCGUCCUCGCUCCUCACUGCGUUCGCUAUGUAACUUUUCCUUCUCCAACUCCAUCACCACUCCCACCCGUUGGCCACCACAGCGCGCAUUCUCGACCAUAGCGCAUUCUCAUAGCAACCUAUUCGACUACACGUCAGGGCGGUGGAUGUAAGUCUCGUAACAUGUCAUUCUACGGCGGAUAUGCCAUCUCACGGCCGUAUUCGACCAUGUUCCAGCAUCAACGAUGCUCUUCGCCUCGCAGAGCGCAGACGCGUCUUCAACGUCGACGGGUUAUGUCGACUCGCAGCCGAGUCCGUCGGUCGGAGUCUCGACGAUAUCGUCGACUUGGCGAAACUCGCCGAGGGAGGGUUCAACCGUACCUUCCUCAUCACCAUGCACGGUGACUUCCAAAUGGUGGCGCGUAUCCCAUACCCGAUUAUGGUCCCCAAGUACUACGCCAUCGCUAGUGAAGUGGCCACUAUGGCCUUACUCCGUUCCUCUGGGCUGCCUAUACCUGAGGUAUACGGAUACUCGCCUACGUCGGACAACGCGGCGGGGACAGAGUAUAUCUUCAUGGAAUUUGUCCAGGGCACCAAGUUAAGCGACGUAUGGCUCAACCUAGGGGAACGGGAAAUCAGUUCGGUCUUGCGCCAACUUGCGCAACUCGAGUCGAAGAUGAUGUCGAUCGCUUUCCCGGCCGGCGGAAGCCUGUACUACGCAGAAGACCUGAAGAAGGUGGCCGGGGAGGCGGGCAUCCCGCUAGAGGACGCGCGUUUCUGCGUCGGUCCAGAUACAAGACUGCCUCUGUGGUACGGUAGGAGAUCACAGCUCGACGUAGAUAGGGGACCAUACAAAAGCGCCGAAGCAACGCUCGCACGAGCAGCCCACAAGGAACGGACGUAUCUGGAGCGUUUCGGUCAACCGCUAUUGCCGUUCGAACGCGUGAGGAGGGAAGGUUACCAGUACCAGGAGCAGCCGCCGUCGGAUCACAUCGAGAACCUGGACCGCUAUCUCCUCAUCGCGCUGUCACUCGUCCCCAGGAACCCGGCCCUGCGUCAUUUCUGCAUCCGCCAUCCCGACCUCCACCCGAGCAAUAUCAUCGUUUCGACGUCGCCCGACUCUAAGUGGCAAGUCGUCGGCCUGCUCGACUGGCAACACGCCCCGAUCCUACCCCCAUUUCUCCUUGCCGGUGUACCCCAACGCCUCCAGAACUACGAUGAUCCUAUCUCGCAAGCUAUGACGCGGCCUUCGCUACCGGAGAAUUUGGAGGACUUGGACAAAGCCGAGCAAAUCCGAGAGAAGGAACUCUACCAUCGCCGCCUCGUCCAUUACCACUACGUCAAGAGCACAGAGAAAUACAACGAGCUCCAUUACGCGGCGUUGACAGACCCCGCGGGCGUUCUCCGCCGCCGCCUCUUCCACCACGCCAGUGAGCCGUGGGAGGGCGAGACUCUCGCGCUGAAGGUUGCGCUGAUGGAUGCGACAGCAAACUGGGAAGCGCUUACGGGGGGAGGCGCGCCGUGUCCAGUCGCGUUUGACGCCGAGGACGUACGCGAGACGAAGAAGCUGGAUGGAGUACAGAGUGGAGCGGACGAGGUUAUGGAGGCGCUCCGGAACAUGAUCGGCUACGGGCCGGAGGGCUGGGUGCCCACCAAGCGCUACGAGGAGGUCAUGACACGCAGCAAGCAGCUGAAGGAGGGUGCGUUGGCGGCGGCCGAGUCGGCGAAGGAACGGGCUGAGAUGGCGACGCACUGGCCCUUGGACGACAUGGACGAAGAGAAAUACAUGUAAUGAAUCGAGCUAGAUAUUCCGCCGGUGCUGUAUCUUAUCUGCUGUUGUAUUUAUGGCGGCCCAAAUAAUAUCAGCAGGAAACGUCUUGUAGGGGAGGAAUCCGUCGACGCCGCCGUCCUUUGGCUUCAUUUCCGAUCGCACUUGUUUGUAAUCCUUCGUGCUAGCUGUAGUGUCAUGGCACCGUUUGUAAUCUAUAGACCGUAUACAAGGCAGAAUAAAAGAACAACAAUA